CCCAAUAGUAAAUGUUUGAUAAAGCAAAUGAGUUGCAAAUACUUAAAAGCGUGUUAUAGGUUUAUACAGCUUUAUUUUUCUGUGUAGUAUGAACAAUUUUCUUUUUUCAAGUUUUCAGUACUUGAACAUGUUGAUAAAUAUCAGACAUGGAAGUCAAAUCAUUUGACUCGUCCCUGACGUAACACGACGUGCGCACGUACGUACGUGCGCCUCGUUUCUUCGUGGUGAGCUUUGCAAAGCCGACAUUUUGGAAUCCUCGCUUCAAGUGUGGAAGGUUUCUCGUCACUCCAGUCAGAACUUGUAAAACGUUAAAAUAUAUACAGAACUCGUGUCGUUUUUGAUUCAGGAACUUUUUUCGACACUUUGGCUUUAAAGGUGGACGGAAGAGGACGUGUUUGGGCAUGUUCCAGACAUCUUCGAUUUGAGCAGCUUACACUGCAUUUGGCUAGCCGCAUUAGCGCGCCAUUGCAACUUUCUCAUAUUUAAGGAGCACUUUAUGGGUGGAGCUGAAACAUCUUGCUGAUGUACAAAGAAUCCUUUUUGAGUAACGUUGAAUGUGAGGAUGCUGGUCCCUCAAAUUAUGACUUUGAACUGGAAAGUACUUUCUCUAAUCCUCCUGAGUCCACAGCGGACACUGGGGAAUUGCAAACUCAGCUACAACACAAUUUGGCUUCCCUUUUCUUAAAAAUGCACAGUGUUCUCCAUGUUUCAGAAACAGCAAUACAGAACAUUAUUGAUGAUUUAUUACAGAUAUUUUCACUGUCCAAACCUCUUGUGAGAGACUCGAUCACCAACAUUCUCCACCAGCAUAGUCAGCCAAUGAGUGAAGUUGCACUUAAUGAGUUGGUGGACGCUAUCAUGAACUCUAAUGUUUUUGUAAAUGCAACUACAGCAGGUGCAGAGCUAUCCACUGCUAAGCGGAGAAAAACCUUUGUGAGGAGCCAUUACCCUCUAGUUAUGYCUGUCCAGUACACUCUAGAGUCUACUGGUCCCACAGUAGUAUAUGUUCCAGUAUUGCAGAUGCUCCAGUCUAUGUUCAAAAAUACAGAUAUUCUUGAUAAAAUUCAAGAACGCCAACAAUCACCACCUGGAGUGUACAGGUCCUGUGAGGAUGGGACAUAUUUCAAAGAAAACCGGUUCCUCUCAGCAACAGGGGAGCUGAGGUUGUCACUGAUUUUGUAUGUGGAUGACAUUGAGCUAGCCAAUCCUUUAGGUACUGCAAGAAAGAUCCACAAACUCACCGCAGUAUAUUGGCUACUUGCCAAUCUACCAAGUCAGUACAGGUCCAGUCUACAUGUCAUACAGCUAGCUCUGCUAUGUAAAGUUUCUGACCUGCAGAAGCAUGGUUAUGAAAGUGUUCUUUCACCUUUGUUGAAAGAUUUGCAAACUCUGGAGCAGGAAGGACUCUUCAUUGAAACCCUUGGUGAGUGCAUCAAGGGGUCUGUGCUCUAUGUGGCAGCUGAUAAUUUGGCUGCUCAUGGUCUUGCUGGCUUUGUCCAGUCUUUCAGAGCACAUAAUGUUUGCCGAUUUUGUUGUUGCACUACAGAUCAGAUGCAAGCCACUGAAGUUGCUGAAGGCAUCUUCAGCAUGAGAACAAAAGAGUCUCAUGAUCUUCUUGUGCAAAACAUUGUACAAGGGGAUAAUAUAAACAGUGUCGGUGUAAAGGAUGAUUGUCCUCUCAGAAAGGCUCUGCAGCACUUUCAUCCCAUCACUGGUUUUCCACCAGAUAUACUGCACGAUCUUUUUGAAGGGAUCGUGCCCGUUGAGUUGGCACUGUGCAUUGGUGAAAUGAUUCGUAAAAAGUAUUUUUCUUUGGAAUACUUAAAUAUAAAAAUCCGCACAUUUCCAUACCAGCACUCAGACAGACUUGAUAGACCCCAACCAAUCCCUAAAAAUUUUGCAGCCAAGCCAAGCAUUGGGGGAAAUGGGCAUGAAAAUUCCACCUUGCUAAGAUUAAUACCUCUUAUGGUGGGAAGUAAAAUCCCUGAGGGUGAUGAAGCAUGGGCAACAUUGAUGGAUCUCAAAGAACUUGUACAGCUUGUGUUGUCUCCAUCAUUUACUGAAGAAUCUAUCCAGUACCUGCAAAUCAAACUAAGGGAACAUAGGCAAGGCCUUAAAACUGUGUUUCCUGAUUUUAAGMUCAGGCCUAAGCAUCAUUACAUUGAGCACUACCCUGAGCUAACAAAGUGCUUUGGUCCUCUGGUUCACUUAUGGACCAUGAGAUUUGAAGGGAAACAUCGUUUUUUCAAAGGAGUGAUUCAAGAUACAAAGAACUUCAAGAAUGUCUUGAAAACACUUGCGACCAGGCAUCAGCAUAUGAUGGCAUAUCACCUUAAUGCACCAUUGUUUUUCAAGCCCCAAACACAAGCUUCCAGUGUCACUUGUGUUCAAGUCGCAACUUUGCAUCAAGUGGCACAAGAUUUUAUCAAGACCAAGACAGACAGCCAGAAUGUAUACACCACACAAAAGGUGUCACUAAAUGGAACAGAAUAUGCAAACGGCAUGUUUGUCUCUGCAGGGCAAGUUGGAGGACUUCCAACAUUCAGCAGAAUUGAAUGUCUCUUGCUUGUAAACAAUUCCAUUUCCUUUUUUUGCAGGAACUACGAGUGCUGGUACAUUGAGCAUUUAAGGUCUUUUGAGCUAACAUUAACAGACCACUUUUCUGUGUAUCAGCUGUCGGAACUAAAUGAUACAAGAAUGGCUACUCAAGCCUUACUACUUCAUGUUCAUAUCUCAACGGACAACGUGAGAAAACUGUCUUUAUUCUCACGUCCAGAAUCUGUGGAUGAGCUAAAGGAAAUGAUUAAAGAAAAGUUCAAGCUUGACGGUGACUUUAGCUUAUCAUAUGAAGACCCAGACUUUGAUGGGCAGCUUUGUUCACUUGUAGAUAUUGAGGAGCUUCCACAGAAAGCUGUUGUUAAAGUUGUGAGACGAGAGAGUGAUGAAAGUUCAGUAGCAUCAGAUGACACAAUAAUACUACCCCAUGCCAUGACUCCAGACAGGGUUGACAAAUGGCCUCAGGUCUUCCCAAUCCCUACUUUUUCCUAUGAGGUAGAGCUUGUACUUGGUGAUGGGGAUGUUGCUUAUGAGAGAACAGGAAAGAUUCUGAAGUUGUCUAGGGGACAAAAGCAUGACAUUCUUGAAACUCUUGCUGGUAAAAUGCAUAGUUUCAAAGCAUACCCCAGUGAUCGGGAAGUAUCAAUGGUAGCAGAAGCUCUUGUUGCUAAGCAUCCUUGUCUGAAGGAGCCUGGAUCCCAGACGGGUUGGUAUGGGUGGAAAAAUAGCCUCAAGUUUAAGAUGGGGAACUAUCGUGCAAAGCUGAGUCGAGCUGGAUUUCAAGAGGUAGCUGUGAACUCAGGAAAAAGAAGUAAAAAUGACCCAGGCAAGCAAUCCCCACAUACUGACAUAAAAAGACCUAAAAGGGCAGAGGUAAACUUUCUGCCAAAUUUUCCAAGGGGUGAAGAUACUGAUAGUCUUGACCAGCUAAGACUACAGAUUGUGGAUGAGGUCAAGAAAGGUGAAAAGAAUCAUGUCCUGAUUACAAAGCUGAUGCACACCACCUUUGCCCUGCGACGCAAGGAGAUCAUUAGUGAUGACCUGCCAGUAGCUGAGAUUCUGGAUCGCUGGCCUGCUCUGACAAUGGUGUCCCAAAUGACGCAGUCUGAUGAACCAGAUGUUGGGGAAGUGCCACUUGGACUCCUCUUGACGAGAGCCAAUUCCACUGAUGCAACAUUUUUCUGCUCCGAGAAGGUUGCAGUUUUGGUUGAGGGUAACAUAAUAAUUGAUUUCCCCACCCUGGAUGAUGCAUUUGUAGUAUUAUUUGCACUGACUUAUGCCCUGAAUCUAAGCUACCCAAAAUGUUUGGCCAACACGUUUGACUUUAUUCAGAAAGUCUUGAUGGGUCUGGAUGAUGGAAAGUUGAGGCCCAAAGUGCUAAGUCUCAAAAAUGAUCUUUUGGCAGAAGAGUAAUGUCCAGGGUUUCUAAACAACCCUGGAAUGCCUGUUAAAGUACACUUCAGUUAUUGUUUUUCCAAGUCUGGAUAAGUUAAAAAUAGAAUAGAGAAAAUGUUGGCAUUUCCAGAUUGUAUUUUGUACUUUUAUUAUCUAAAAAUCAAAAGAAAGGGCAAAAACAGGCUUUGUAUUUUUGCAGAUCAAAACUUUUGUCAAUUUUAUUCCUUAUGUCAGUCAAAUAACAGCAUAGUUGUUUAGAAAAUAAAGAACAACCUCACUACAUUUCUGGCUUCAACAUCUUCACGGGUCAGAGUUUUGAGCUGACCAUAUUGUAAAGCAAAGCAACCCAUAAUUUGUGAGAUUUUAAAAAUAUAAUAAAGGACACAAAUCACAAGCAGCUUUUAAUAAUUUGGAUUUAGUAUGGAAUAAUUCAGUCCUGAUUUAUUAGGUUUAAAAAUAUAAAAUUUACAGAUUUUAAAAUGGAACUAUCUAAGUUGGUUCUGAUACCAAAAAACAGUGAGAGUUCUUUAAAACACAGCUGAAUUGAAAGCCAUCUUCAUAUGAAUAAUAAACUCGACAAGAGAAGUUUGGUCAAAUGUUCAGAAUGUUAAAUAUUGGCACAGAGGGAGAUUCUUGAAUAUAACCUAGGAAAAUGUCCCUCGGAACUACUUAAUAACAAAGGCACUAAGAAGUUUUAUAAAACCAUUCUUUAUGUGUUUCUAAAAAAAAGUAUUUUUCUAUGCAACAUUUUAUUGUUUUGCAUGGUUGCACAUUAUUAAUGUAUUUAAUGGUUUACCAGUAACCCUUUGUUAUUGCAUAACCAGUUUCCCAAUAUUGUUGGAUGUAUAAGCUUCACUGAACUUGAAUUUUUUUCUUUUAUUUCAAUUUGCCCAUCUGAUAAUGCAGGGUUUUAUCACAGAUUUUUUUUUUUAAACUGCCAUUAUUUGUUAAUUCUCUGUAAAACUGUUAAAUAUGAUGGGACAUUAUUACUAACUAAUAUUUUAAGUUUGAGAACUGAACAUUUCUGAAAUAGUUCCAAAUAAGGUUAAGUAUAUAAAUGGCUUUGGACUUUAAGUUUUUUUUAUAUAUAUAAGCAAGGUAACAAUUUAUUGUAAUUUCUAACAUCAACAUUCGUUGAUGGCAAAAGAGGGUUUCAUCUCUUUCCCUUGCUCCUUUUUUUUUUUUGAAGUGUUUUAAGUCUUGUAAAAGAUGCUUCAGGACAUGUUGAAAAAUAUUUUUUUGAAGUUAUGUAAUAAAUUUGUAACUUGAA